AUGAAGCUUCGGAGCUCCUUAGCCGCUGCGGCGGCAGCGAUGGUGACGUUUUUGGAUGUUGCACAGGCCCAUUGCUAUAUCUACUCCGUCUACGUCAAUGGUGUUGAUAGCGGUACCUUCUCGGGGAUCCGUACACCGGCAUACAACGGACCGCCACCAUACGGCUUUGCUAAUGGCCCUGUCAAAGACCUCGACAGCAUUGACCUGCGAUGCAACGUAUUGGGUGAUCACCAGGUACCACAUACUAUCCAAAUGACGCCCGGGGAUAACCUCACGAUGGAAUGGCACCAUGAUGCCCGCACGGCUACCGACGACAUCAUCGCAUCUUCACAUCACGGCCCUGCGAUGGUAUAUCUCAGCCCGGACCCACCCGGCGAGAACUCCUUCGUCAAGAUCUGGGAAGAGGGUAAAUUCGCUGAAGGAGAGGGCCCUAGAGCUCCAGGGAAAUGGGCAACCACGGCUGAUAUUGCCGCCAACGGAGGCAAGAUGAACGUGCGGAUCCCUAAGGGGCUCAAAGCUGGAUUUUACCUCAUUAGAGCCGAGAUGAUUGGUCUUCAUGAGGCUGAGGUCAGCUACCAGAAGAACCCUAUCCGCGGGGCGCAGUUCUAUCCAAACUGCAUCCAAAUAGAAGUUCUAGGCGACGGCGAUGUGACACUACCCGAAGGUGUCAGUUUUCCAGGAGCUUACAAAUGGGAUGACCCCGGCAUUAUCUACGAUGUCUACUGCUCGACGAAGACCACGACCACUGCCCCCUGUACCACGACUUAUCAGAUCCCAGGCCCGACUGUAUGGUCUGGUGCAUGGCCUGAUACUCCAUCGGUUGAGCUCGGCGCUAUGACGGGAGUUACGAAGGUUACGAGCUGGAACACGUGGAUUGUGAAAUCAGUUGUCACGUCGGCAUCAGCCGGACAGGUCUUGGGCACGUCGACUUACCAGGCUCAGUGGUCGUCUACUUAUCAUGCGCCUACCCCAACUGCAUAG